AGACAGCCGGCUUUUUAAUGUAUGCAUUAUAAUAAAAUAGUUUUGGUGUUUACAAGUCCGACAUCGGAGAGCGAUCAGUUUAUUGUUGACCUCUGUCGCGAAGCGUUCGCCGUACCUACUCAGUAUGGCAACUUUACUAUUUAUAUUUCUAUUGACGUUCGCGUUCAGUUCCAGUCAAUCUGGCUCGCAGCGUUCGGAGCUGAAGCUUCAGCGGGUGGCCCGCGCCGGCUCCAAUGCUACUGCCGAGGAUAGUGCCGGCUCGUUCCCAGCGCCGAACAGAGCCACCGGCUUCGUCGACUUCGUAAACCUGUUCACCAAUGUGCCGAUAUCAAUAGUGCGGUCCAUCAGCAGCAGCGGCGGCGGCAUCAACGGCCUCCCCGUCACGUUCAAUGACAACAACCUCGGAGCUUUGGGUGAAAACUUCGUAACCAAUAUCAAGUAUAGGUCACGUCACGAAGAUUGCGAGCUCCGAUGUGACCAGCUCAUUACAAAAUAUGGAUUUCCCGUGGAGACUUACGAAGUUGUAACCGAGGAUGGGUAUAUCUUGAAGAUGUUCAGAAUACCUAGCGACGGCCCGCCCGUUUUAGCGCAGCACGGGCUGAUAGGUAGCUCCGACGAUUACGUAGUCGCCGGCUCGGAAAGUGGAAUAGCGUAUCUACUCGCGAGGGAUGGUUAUGAUGUGUGGCUAGCUAACUCGCGAGGCUGCAAACAUUCUCGCAGACAUAUCAAAAUAAAACCUUCCCAAGGCAUUUUUUGGGAUUUUUCCUGGCACGAAGUGGGUUACUACGAUCUCCCGGCUAUGAUCGACUAUAUUUUGAACGUAACUGGUCGCGAAAAGCUUAAAUUUAUCGGCCACUCUCAAGGAACCACAGCAUUCUUUGUGAUGGGAUCUGAGCGUCCAGAAUACAUGGACAAAAUUGCCUUGGCGGUGGCAAUGUCGCCGGUGGCUUUCAAUGCUCAUAUGAGGUCACCGUUCAUACGGCUGUUGGCGCCUUCGUCUGGCUUGUUGUACGCGGCGUCGAGAGCUUUCGGUAUCCACGAAGUGGGGCCGGACAACGAGUUGGUGAGGCUGGCGCGGUGGCUGACGUGCGGCACGGGGCCGCUGGCCGAGUUGUUUUGUUCCAACGUCAUGUUCCUCGUGGCGGGAUACAACGUUGAGCAGCUCAAUAUCACCAACCUUCCUAUGAUAUUCUGUCACAUGCCUUCGGGGGCUUCAGCGAAACAGUUGGUCCAUUACGCGCAGGAAAUCAUUUCGAAAAAGUUUAGGCAGUUCGAUUAUGGGGCGGAGGAGAAUAUGAAGAGAUACGGGAGCAGUGAGCCCCCUGAGUACGACCUCGGGAAGGUGACGGCGCCGGUGUCCCUGGUGUAUAGCGACGCGGACUGGCUGGUGCACCCGCGCGACGUCGCCAAGACGAGGAGCCUGCUGCCGAACGUUGUCGACUCGCAUAAGGUGCCCAGUAAGAACUUCAAUCAUAUGGACUUUAUUAUAGCGAAAGAUGUGAAAUAUUUAAUUUAUAAGAGGCUGAGUAAAAUACUGUCUCGUUAUUAAGGUACGGAAGCGGGGUAUAUGCAGGUAAUAUUUUUAAGUAGGCAUGAAUAAAAAUAAUGGCGUAAGUAUCUUAUAUAACAACAUAGUUUAUCCUAAAACUAUGUGCUCAUGUCGUAUUUCUUCUGAGCUUAUGUUUUACUAGCGACCUGCCCCAGCUUCGCACGGGUACUAUACCUACAUGUAAACCUUCCUCUACAAUCACUCUAUCUGUUAAAAAAAACCGCAUCAAAAUCCGUUGCGUAGUUUUAAAUAUUUAAGCAUACAUAGGGACAUAGGGACAGAGAAAGCGACUUUGUUUUAUACUAUGUAGUGAUUACCUUCUUUAACGAACUACGAUUUAGAUAUACAACUAUACAUAUAUGGAACCACAGACGGUGCUAGACGAGUGCAAGCAAACCGAAAAAGGAGAUGGCGGACUGACUUGUACACAUAACGUACUACCCAAAAUGUAGGGAUAACGCCGGUGACAGCUCGUGCAUAAAACGAAGGGAAGGCCUUUGCCCAGCAGUGGGAGAGUACAGUAGGCAAAUCGACAAAGGAUUAGAAAUAUUUAAAACAAAUAAAUGAUUUAGACGGUACAAGAACUCGCAUACGAGUUUUAUUACAUUGGUAUCAAAUAUGAUGGCAUUGAUGGCUGUGCAAAAUUGUGUGUAACCUCAACACCCCGCAAUGUACUCGUACAUAUGAACGAGUAUUAUAAUUUGACAUAUCACGUGGAGUUAUUAAUGUUAACUGGAUGGCCAUGAGCAUGACCGUGAUUUGGGAUUGCGUGAUUAAAUGUGAUUAUGUAUCUGUAUAGAAAACCGUAAAAUAGAUGUUGCUUCAUUAAAUAAUGUUAUGUAAUA